AUCGGACCAGGCUGUCCCGUCAGUUGUAGCGCGCGUUCCAGAAAUGGGGAGCAGUCGCGGCAACCCUCUCAAAAGCUUAAGCAACCGCUGCCUCCUUCGACUCUCUUCCGAUACCCAUUCGCUCUUCCAUGGCAAAACCUUCAACGAAACUUCUCUCACGACCCAAAGGCGGGGAUUUUACUCUUUCUCCUCCCCUAAUAAACUUGCAAGUUGCAAAGGGUCUCAUCCACUGCGUUCUUUUUCGACCUCCUCAUCGUCGUCAAAGGUUGGGUUUUUGGGAUGGUAUUUAGCGAAGCUCGAAUCCAAUCCUAUUAUUACAAAAUCUGUCACAACUUCCCUUAUCUUUGCCGCUGCUGAUUUUACUUCACAGAUGAUCACAUCAGCUUCUAGUUAUGACUCGAUUCGGACAUUACGGAUGGCUGGAUAUGGAUUGCUUCUCUUGGGGCCAUCACAGCAUCUUUGGUUUAACUUAUUGUCAAAAGCUUUGCCUAAACGAGAUAUGCUGACUACCUUCAAGAAAAUGUUUCUGGGGCAGGCUGUCUUUGGACCUUUGGUCACUACUGUUUUCUUCUCCUACAAUGCAGCUUUACAAGGUGAAAAUGCUGAAGAGAUUGCAGCUAGACUGAAGCGUGACCUCCUCCCGACAUUGAUAAGCGGUGCUAUGUUCUGGCCAACCUGUGAUUUUGUUACGUACAAGUUUGUUCCUGUUCAUCUCCAGCCUCUAAUGAACAGUUCUUGUUCCUACAUAUGGACAAUCUAUUUGACGUACAUGGCAAGCUUAAACAAAGUGAGCAUCGAGUAGUGGGGCUUUUGACUUGAGUGCUUGGUACUUAAUUCUUUCAGUUUACUCAAAUUAAUUCUUAAGCUGGAAUUCUUCCUGGAAGACGUGAAACAAUUGAAAAGCAACCUUUAGUAUUGAAUAUUUCUUGUAACCGUGCCUCUAGCUCUGCGGAGAUAGAAUUGUAUAUCGGAUCUCCAUCUUUUAGUUUUAUAUUAAAGAUCAUUUUUAUUUAAUUAUUAA